AUGCAAACAAAUCUCGGUCUGGAAAUUCAAAAAAAUGCCGCCAUCGCUGCAAACUAUAUACAGGAGCUCAGUAGUAUUGCCGCGCCCACUGUAGGUCUCAUAUUGGGCUCAGGCUGGGCGGAUGUGACUGCGCACAUACAAAACGCGCAAAAGAUUAGCUAUGCAGACAUUCCCGCUUUCCCGCAGCCUACCGUACAAGGCCAUGUACCCGAGCUGUGGUUGGGCAACAUAGGCCCCACGCGCGUGGCGGUGCUGGCUGGGCGCAAACACAGCUACGAAACUGGCCAUGCGCAGGGCAUGUUUAUCCCUAUAGCCACACUCAAAGCGCUGGGUUGCAGCAUAUUGGUGCAAACCAAUGCGGGCGGCAGUGUAAACAGCAAAAUACCGGUGGGCAGCCUGAUGGCAAUAAGCGACCAUCUCAACCUAGCGCAAAUCUCCCCCCUGGUUGGUUUGGAGGGGUCAGACCGGUUUGUGCCGCUAGGCAAUGCCUACGAUGCCCAGCUGCGGCAAGAAGCGCUGGCCGUGGCAGCGCAAAGCAACACCCCGAUGGCGCAAGGGGUCUACGCCUGGUUCAUGGGGCCGCAUUUUGAAACGCCAGCAGAAAUCCGCAUGUGCCAAACCCUAGGGGCCGAUGCGGUGGGCAUGAGCACUGUGCCUGAGACUAUCAUCGCCCGCUACUUGCAAAUGCGGGUGCUGGCAUUUUCGCUCAUCACCAAUAUGGGUGCGGGUUUGUCUGACGAAGCCAUCAGCCAUGCCCACACCCUGGCCCAAGCCCAAGCAGCUAGCGCUAUGGCGAGCAAUUACCUGGCCACGCUGCUGGGCCAAAUCAAAGCAUAA